AUGUCUUUUUCCGAAUCAAGCGUCGCCUACAAGGCUUGGCGAAGCUCCACUUUUGAUAGUCCCAGUUUUGAAUUCUUAUGUGAAGAAGAUAUCCAAGUCAAGGAAAACAGACUAGUAGAAGUAGUAGAAGAUACAUAUUGUCUAAUUAUGCAUGUUAUCGUAGGGCAUAGAAAACAGCUAGGACAAAAUGUAGAAAAGUUAGGAAGUGACAUUUACUUUGCCGAUACCUCCGAGGAAAGCAUGGAGUUCAGAGCAUCUGUUUAA